CGCUGCGCCGCGGCGCCUCCGAGCCGGCCAUGGCGGCCACGGCCAGCCCGGCGCCGCUGACGCCCUGCACGCCCGUCUCGGCGGACCGUCUGUCGGCGCUGGACCGCGGCGACCGCACCCUGGGCGUGCUCACACAGAAAUUCGUCAUGCUGCUGCUCGUCAGUGACCGGCCGUACCUGAGUCAGGACGUGCUGGCGCGCGUGCUGCUCGGCCAGGACGGCCUCUCGCCGGACGGCCAGCACAAGGCCAAGGUGCGCCGCCUGUACGACAUCGCCAACAUCCUGCAGAGCGUCGGCCUGGUCGGCAAGGACGUCAGCACCGGCCGGCGGCCCGUCUUCACCUACACGGGGCCCAACGUCGAGCCCAUCGACGUCGACCCCGCCACGCAGCGGUCCCGCCACUCGCUGAUCCAGGGUCUGACGCCGCUCUCCAGCCGGAUAGUACCCGCUCCGAUACUGGCGGGCCGCCGCGGCGCCGGCACCCCGCGCUCGGCCACAGCCACGCCGCGGUCCGGGCAGACUCCGGCCGCCACCCCGGAGGGCACUCCGCGCGGCGCCGGAGCCGGCCUGUGUCGGCCCGCCUCUCUGGACGACAUCUGCCGGGUGACGGCGCUCGAGCGGCACCGGCUGUUCGAGCAGGACGUCGACGCCAGCCGCGGCAAGAGCGUGCUGAAGCGGCGGCUGGCCGAGGUGCAGCGCGCCCAGGCGGAGGUGAAGCGCGCCCGGCCGGCGCCGGCCGCCGUCCAGCGGCAGCUCUCGCCGGCUCAGCACAGCCAGCUCAGCGGGCUCGGCAUCAAACGCAUCCUGAUCCGGGCCGGCGACGGCACCAGCCAGGAGAUCUGUGUCCGCGAGGCGGCGCCGGCCGGCCGCGGCGACGGCCCGGCGCCGGUCGGCAGCCGGCUGGAGGCGGCCCUGCGCGGCGCCUGGCUAACGGCCGGGCCGGCGGCCACCCCGCGGCCCCCGCGAGCGCCGCCCGCACAGAACAACAAACAGAUGGUGGUGGCGUACCAGCUGGUGCCCGUGGUGCGGACGGUGACGGCGGCCACACCCGAGAACGGACCCCAGACGCCUCUCCCGCUCCUGUACGACGAGCAGACGGUCCUGCAGCUGCCGGAGGGCGCCGGUCUGGAGCCGGCCGGCCUGGUACCCACCGCUGUGCCCACGGCCACCCCGGAGAGCCUGCUGACGCCCGGCACCAUGAACCUUGUCCGCGAAGCCGUCUCGUCCGGCACAAUAAAGACGGUGUGCAACAUGUCGCUGACGCCGGAGGAGCGGCCGGCCACUGCCGCCGGGGAGGCGGGCCGCUGCCGGCCGGCGCCGCGUGCCAGCCGCCGACUACAGAUGGACUGAACGGGGGAAACGCCGUCAUACAGGCGGUACCGCGCGCCAGUCGCCGACUCCAGAUGGACUGAACGGAGGACACACCGUCAUACAGGCGGCACCGCGCGCCAGACGCCGACUGCAGAUGGGCUGAGUUGUUGGAGGAGGGAGGUACACCUGCGCCAGCCCCCGACUGCGGAUGGACUGAACUAGGGGAGAGUUCGCUCACCGACGGCCCACACUAGCGGUCAGACUGCCAGCACACACUGCCAGUGACACUGUCAGACUGUCAGCACAGAGCGGACAGUCGGUCACACUGUCAGACUGUCAGCACAGAGCACAGAGCGGACAGUCGGUCACACAGCUGCCAGACUGCAGGACUAUUAGCGACCAGAACAGACUGCCGAGCGAACUGCCGGUCACACUGCCAGCACUCAGCGAACCCUGCAGCUUACCAGGCUGUUGGUUACAUCUCAACGACUAAUUCAUUAGGGACACAGAGAGGACUGCAUCACGGGGAUUCCUUCAUCAAGCAUGUUCGUCGAUCAUCAGAAAACGUGUUUAAUGACUUCAUAAGCGUAGCUCAGCGUUACUUGCUGGUGACAUUCCUCUGGCUUCUGAGUGCUUACCGAGCAAGAGGCAUGGCUGCUUUCGAAAGAGGUGUGUUUCAUUUGGCACAUGUCUCAGGUUCGUCUUUGAAUUACUUGCGUAGAUAAUUUGUGACAUUCGCAUUGUAUGUAUGCCUUUUUAAUUGGGGACAUUCCUAUUGAUGUGUGCCUGCGUAAGACGGUUGCAUAACUUGUGGCAUCGGUUAGGCGGGCGUUAAAUGUAUGAGAAAAACAGCUGUUCGAUUGUUAGACUGAAAACCUCGGCAUUGCAGCAUUGAGUCUCGUUAGGCGUAGAAGUAGUCUAUGUUACCUAUAAAUCAUUAACAUUAUGCUAAGCGUAUCAUGUUCUAAUGUGGUGUUAAUCAUUGCUCAAACUCAUCAACAUCAGUAUAGGUACACUGCGCCGCUUCGAUAAUUAGAAGCGCAGGUAAUUGAGCUCAAUCCGUUGACCGCGAAUCUCGAACCACUGCCAACAGCAAUCACUAAUUGCGAUCACUAAUCACUCGAAUAAUAGUAGCACACAGUAGCAAUGUUGUGAUUGAUUUAAUUGACGUAAUACCGAGCUGCAAUGUGCUUAACGAAGAUACGCUUUGCCGACGCUCACGUAUUGUCCAGAAGUCUCGCUCAUUUGUCAUCGCUGUAUCAUUGCCGCCGAGUCAUCCAUAAACCAUCGGGAACAUACUCGGUUCUCCAUUGACUCUCCCGUGGUCGGUCGGGGGAGGUCGGACCACCGUCGGCCCCGGCCGCCAGCCUGCCGAUUGUCAGGUGUUUGGGUCGGCCAUCACCCAUACGGUUCAGCCGCUGUGACCAGCCGUUCGCCCACUGCCCAGUAGCGGGCGGUGGGCAGAAUUUCAGAGUGCUUUUUCCAAAGAGGUCGGUUUUGGAGAGUGCAGGUGGGGUAGCGUAGUUUGGGAGUGUUUGUUUCGUACGGAGCCCGGUGUAGGAGUGUUUGUUGGGCGCAGAGGCCGGUUGUGGGUAGCGUUUGUAGUGUCUGUGCCGUGUCUGGCUGGGCCCCGGCGCCGCGCCGAGCAGCCGUUACCACAUGAAUGUGAGGCCGGCGGCCGCGGCAACCCGGGCCUGUGCGUAUGGGUGAGCUGGUGUUUUGUAAGUCUUGCGACAAUCCCUUAUCCGAAUGCUGCGUGUAGAUAACUUGUCAAUAAAGGUAUUUGUUUUCUUGGCAUA